AUGAACUUACCCGCGGGGUUCGAGCGCAGGUCCAACGUGGUGAUGGCCGCCACCGUGGACGGGUGCGCGGAGCUGCUGGACUGGAUGCUCAAAAACGGCGGCAAUCCCAACGCCACAAACAGAAAAGGCUUCACCGCGCUCGGCAUGGCCAUCGAGGCUGGAUGUCUCGGCGCCACGCAGGUGCUUCGCGCCGCGGGGGCCCUCGUGGGUGGCAUGGACACGAUCAAGCUGCUGACCGUCCUUCAUCAAGCCGCGGAGGGCGGCCACCAUUCGAUCAUACGCGCGCUCGCCAGGGUGGGCGCGGACGUGCACGCGCGAGACGGCCACGGGCUCACGCCGCUCGCCACCGCGAUGCUGCGGGGUAAGUGGCUCGCCGCGCUAGAGCUGCUGCGGUCCGGCGCG